AUGAACAUCAGGAGAGAUUAUCUCUUCAGCUCACUAGAGCUUCUGAAAAAUCAUCAGUUGUAUGACCUGCUUACGACUACCCUCAUCCAUCCAGUCUGUACUAUUCUGGCAAAAAAGACAUUCCUUCAGUCAUUCCAGAAGGUGGGGGCCUUGACCUACAGGGAUAUAAUGUCUCAGGUCCAUGACAGCCUCUCUAUGGGCAAGUAUGACUUCGGCUGCACCUUGAUGGAAUUGCGGACCCUCAUGGAACUGCAUGGCGCUGAGGCGGCCACCUACCUGAUGGAGCAUUACGGGGGGGUGCUCAAUCUCUGCAAGAGGCUGCUGACUUCGCCAGUGGAUGGACUGACCGGGCACCCUUCAGAUUUGGAGAGACGCCAGCAAAUAUUUGGAAAAAACAUAAUCCCCCCUAAGAAACCCAAGACCUUUCUUGAGUUAGUGUGGGAGGCUUUACAAGAUGUCACACUCAUCAUACUCAUCGUUUCAGCAGUUAUCUCCCUGGGCCUGUCUUUCUACAAACCUCCUGGGAACGAAAAUGAAUCAUGUGGCGAGACCUUAGUUGCUGGGGAUCACGAGGGGGAGGCAGAGGCCGGCUGGAUCGAAGGGGCAGCUAUCCUGUUGUCGGUGGUCGUCGUGGUGCUGGUGACAGCCUUCAAUGACUGGAGCAAAGAGAAGCAGUUCCGGGGCCUACAGUCUCGUAUCGAGAAGGAACAGAAGUUCGCCAUUAUCCGCAAUGGUCAAAUCAUCCAAUUGCCUGUGGUUGAUAUCGUGGUGGGAGAUGUUGCUCAUGUCCAAUAUGGUGACCUGUUGCCUGCAGAUGGAAUCCUGAUCCAAGGGAACGAUCUGAAAACUGAUGAGAGUACCCUAACUGGAGAAUCUGAACAAGUCAAGAAGUCUGUCGAGAAGGACCCCAUGCUCUUUUCAGGAACCCAUGUGAUGGAAGGGUCCGGCCGGAUGCUCGUGACUGCAGUGGGUGUGAAUUCACAAACUGGAAUCAUUUUCACGCUUUUGGGAUCAUCAGAAAGUGAAGAAGAACUGAAGAAAGAAGAAGAUGAUGAGGGCAGUGAUGCUGAGGAAGAAGGAGAAAGCCAAGGAAAGAAGAAGGAGAAGGAGAAGAAGGAAAAGUCAGUACUACAGGGCAAACUGACACGCCUGGCUGUUCAGAUUGGGAAAAUUGGUCUUUUCAUGUCCAUUCUCACGGUUUCCAUAUUGAUACUGCUCUUCGUGAUAGACACAUUCGGGGUGAAAGGUCAGAGUUGGAAAGCAGAAUGCACCCCCAUCUACAUCCAGUACUUUGUCAAGUUCUUCAUCAUCGGGAUCACUGUGCUCGUAGUGGCUGUACCAGAAGGGUUACCUUUGGCUGUCACUAUCUCACUGGCUUAUUCUGUCAAGAAAAUGAUGAAGGAUAAUAACCUUGUGCGUCACCUGGAUGCCUGUGAAACUAUGGGGAAUGCUACGGCCAUCUGCUCCGACAAGACAGGCACACUGACCUUGAACCGCAUGACAGUGGUACAGGCUUACAUAGGGAACAUUUACUACAAGGAAAUCCCCAAGGCAGAAGAAAUUGCACCCGCUACUCUGUCUGUACUUGUCAAUGGCAUCUCCAUCAACUCAAGCUAUACGUCCAAGGUCCUGCCUCCAGAGAAGGAAGGGGGGCUUCCACGGCAGGCAGGCAACAAGACAGAGUGUGCCUUGCUGGGCUUUGUCACACAUCUGAAUUUUGACUAUGAAACUAUAAGGCAAGAGAUGCCGGAGGAGAAUAUAUUCAAAGUCUACACCUUCAAUUCGGUCCGCAAAUCAAUGACCACAGUUAUCAAGAACCCGAAUGGGACUUUUCGAUUGUACAGCAAGGGGGCCUCGGAGAUCAUGCUGCGAAAGUGCAAAUAUAUCAUGGACAGCCAGGGCGUGCCCAGGGAGUUCAAACCCAAAGAUCGUGACGAUCUGACAACAAACGUGAUUGAGCAAAUGGCCAAUGAGGCACUUCGGACCAUCUGUCUUGCUUACCGAGAUUUGAAAAAUGAGCUUGACUGGGAUAAUGAAGCUGAGGUCCUCUCCGACAUGACUUUCAUCUGUUUGGUUGGCAUUGAAGACCCUGUGCGCCCAGAGGUGCCUCAGGCCAUCAGUCAGUGCAAAAGAGCUGGAAUCACUGUCCGAAUGGUGACAGGAGACAACCUCAAUACAGCCCGAGCUAUUGCCAUCAAGUGCGGCAUCCUGUCUCCUGGUGAUGAUUUCCUGUGCUUACAGGGCAAAGAAUUCAACCAGAUGAUCCGCAAUGAGAAGGGUGAGGUGGACCAAGAUCUGCUAGAUAAGAUAUGGCCCAGACUUCGAGUGCUGGCUAGAUCAUCCCCUGCUGAUAAGUACACACUUGUGAAAGGCAUCAUUGAUAGUACUACGGGGACCCGGCAGGUGGUGGCUGUUACAGGGGAUGGUACCAACGAUGGACCAGCCUUGAAGAAAGCAGAUGUCGGCUUUGCCAUGGGCAUUGCAGGCACAGACGUGGCCAAGGAGGCCUCAGACAUCAUCCUAACAGAUGACAACUUUACCAGCAUUGUUAAGGCAGUGAUGUGGGGUCGAAAUGUCUAUGAUAGCAUUUCCAAGUUUCUACAGUUCCAGCUCACUGUCAAUGUGGUGGCUGUGAUUGUUGCCUUCACUGGGGCCUGUUUCACCCAGGAUUCCCCACUGAAAGCUGUGCAGAUGUUGUGGGUGAACCUGAUCAUGGAUACUUUUGCCUCCUUGGCCCUGGCUACUGAGCCACCCACAGAGGCAUUGCUGAAAAGACGACCCUAUGGUCGUGAUAAGCCACUGAUCUCCAGGACGAUGAUGAAAAAUAUUCUGGGCCACGCCUUCUACCAGCUUAUCAUCAUCUUUACCCUUCUCUUUGCUGGUGAAAGGAUAUUUGACGUGGACAGUGGGAGGCAAGCUCCCUUGAAUGCCCCACCAUCCCAACACUAUACCAUUGUAUUCAAUGUCUUCGUGUUAAUGCAGCUCUUCAAUGAAAUCAAUGCCCGAAAAAUCCAUGGUGAGAGGAAUGUCUUUGAAGGCAUACACCAUAAUCCUAUCUUCUGUUCAGUGCUGCUGGGCACAUUUUUCACCCAGAUCUUAAUAGUGGAAUGGGGGGGCAAACCCUUCAGCUGCACAACACUCGAUAUGGACCAGUGGCUUUGGUGUCUUUUCAUUGGGAUAUCAGAGCUGCUCUGGGGCCAGCUCAUCACCGCGGUGCCUACUGAAAAGCUGUCUUUCUUGAGGGAAGUGGGGUAUGGUCAAUCCAGAAGGGAAAUCCAGGAUUUACAUGCGGGUUCCGGUAAUGAUAUUGACCACGCAGAAUUGGAGCUGCGCCCUGGACAGGUCCUCUGGUUCCGAGGCCUCAAUCGCAUCCAGACUCAGAUUAAAGUAGUCAGAGCAUUCCGUAGCUCCCUCUAUGAAGGCCUUCAGAAACCUGAAUCUCGAAGCUCUAUCCAUAACUUCCAUAUCCAUCCCAAGUUCACUCUGGAAGAAGAUGAGCCAAGAACACCACUCCUGGAUGAUAGUGAGAAGGAUGAAGAUAGCAAAAGCCCAAGAUUCCUCAAGGCCAGUGGGAGCAAAGAAACCCCACCCUCUCCAUCCACCAAAGGAAACAACAAUGCUUUGGACUCUAGCCCAAUGCGCAUCACAAUUUCCAACUCAAACAGAAUCUUACACAGCCUGGAGACAUCAGUUCAACCCUUAGAACUCUGGCAGUUUCCUGAUUUCUCCCAUUUCCUCCCUUAUUUGCCCUUUUUGUGUGAUAUCCAUGAGGUAAUGGAACUUCUCAUUAUCAUGUCAACUGCUCCUGUGUGUGUACCAUAA